AUGUGUUCGAUGGCUUUUCUGCACGUUCGGCCAUUGUCGGAUAAAGAUGGCGGUAGCAAGAGCACUAGCAGUACGGGCAGCCAAAAUGAGACAUCCGCUCUUGGAACUUUGACUGCCGCCGGCAACACAACCAGCAGCGAGGUUGACGCAGCGCGCAAGAUCGUUCAGGAUGCCAUCGCCAAGAUGAGGGUGCUGAACAAGGCCCGCUUCGAGAAUCCGGCUCGCAACCGAGGCCGGUACUCGCAGGACGCUGAGUCCCGCAAAAGACAAGCAGCUGAGUCCGCUACCGAGGGUUUUCCCGUUCUCGUCCCCACCGACGAGAUGUCUCGAGCUGCGGCACUCUUGGCCGAGCUCGAGGCCGAACCUGUCACGCUCCAGAAGAGGGCUACGACUUGGUGGAUGCAGGGCCUCAAACACCUCGGUAGCGUCCCGUGGGGACCGGAUGCUUCAUACAAGACUUACCGCAAUGUGAUUGACUAUGGUGCGGACCCGACAGGUAGCAAGGACUCAACAGCCGCCAUCCAAAAAGCCAUAGACGAUGGCAAGCGAUGUGGAGCAAAUUGCAACGGCUCGACCGUCAAGAACGCUAUCGUGUACUUUCCCCCUGGUCGGUACCUGGUCUCCAAAUCCAUCAGUGUCCUCUUCGGCACGCAGAUCAUUGGUGACGCCAACGACCCGCCCACAAUCGUCGCUUCGGCUAGCUACAUCGGUUUGGGAGUGUUGUCUACCGAUGUGUACGUCGAGAACGGUGGUGUCGGUCCCGAUGGCAAUGCCCUCGAGUGGUAUAUCAACACCGCCAGGUUCUAUGGUCAGAUCCGCAACAUCAAGAUCGACAUCACGGCGACCGAUCCGACCGCAUAUGUUGCAGCUCUGCAUUAUCAGAUGGCACAGGCUACUGAUAUCUCGCAGGUCACUAUUGUCAUGAAGCCUGGGACCACCCAUCAAGGUAUCUACGCAGAAAAUGGCAGCGGCGGUGUUAUGUCGGACAUGACGUUCAUAGGUGGCAACUUUGGCAUUUACGGUGGUGCGCAACAAUUCAGUGCCUCUCGAAUGACCUUCAACGGCUGCAGUACCGGCGUACAGCUUAUUUGGGACUGGGGCUGGUCCUGGAAGAGCGUCUCUAUGAAUAAUGUCGGAACGGGCUUCAGGCUGUACAAUGACGGCGAUGCUUCCCUCCCUGGUUCUGUCAGUAUUAUCGACUCGAUCCUCACGGGUAUUAGCAAGGCUGGGAUAGAAAUGGUUAUGCCUUCGGAUAGUAUGGAUAAAGGAUAUACGGGCUUACGCUUGAUAAUGUCCAACUCGACGGGGCGUGGCACCGGGUAUAUCAUCCUGGCACCCGGAUACUACCACACGUAUGUCAUUGGAUCCACCUACUUCAAGGGCGUGCGCACGUGGUCCCGACGAGCGCAGUAUUACACCCGCGAACCCUCACUGUUAGGUCCUGCGCGAUCAGGCUUGGCAGUCGCACCGUAUCUAGAGCGGGCAAGACCACAGUACCAAGAUAGAGCACCAGGUGAUUUUGUACACCUCAAGGACCUCGGCGCCCGUGGUGACGGCAGUACCGACGACACGGCGGCGAUACAGGCUGCCUUCUCCCGCUAUGGCGAUGGCAGCAAGGUCAUCUACGUAGAUGCCGGAAGCUACAUCAUCAAGGAUACGGUCCUUAUUCCGCCCGGUGCUAAAGUCGUCGGCGAGACUUGGUCGCAGCUUGUAGCUACUGGAGCCAAAUUUGGGGACGCGAUGAAGCCGGUACCUAUGCUCAAAGUAGGCUCCGAGGGCGACGUGGGGAGCGUGGAGCUGCAGGACCUGAUCCUGACGAGUCGAGGCCCGACGCCGGGGCUGGUGGUGAUGGAGUGGAACAUUGCAGCCGACUUCCCUGGGUCGGCCGGGCUCUGGGACGUCCAUGUCCGGCUCGGGGGUGCCGUCGGGACGCAGCUGACGCCGGCGGAGUGCCCACCGAUCCGCUCUGGGCUUAACCCAGCAUCUUGCCAGGUCGCCAGCAUGAUGUUGCACGUCACCCGCCGUGCCUCGGGCUAUUUCGACAACGUGUGGCUAUGGGUGGGAGACCACCAGAUUGACGAUCCCAAGCUCGAUGACCCUCUCAACAAUAUGGACCAGAUCACCGUCUACUGCGCGCGUGGUAUGCUUAUCGAGAGUCAGAAGGCAACUUGGCUGUACGGUACAGCUUCAGAGCAUAGCGUCAUGUAUCAGUACAAUUUCGAAGGAGCCAUGAACGUCUUCAGCACAAUGCUGCAGACCGAGACGCCCUACUACCAGCCGACUCCUAAGCCGCCGGCGCCCUUCGCCGCCACGGUGGGCAUCGCCUCCAAGAGUGAUCCGUUCUACGACUGCCAGGGCGGCCCGGCGGACGGAUGUGACGCUUCCUACGCAGUGGUGAUGCGACGAUCACAGAGCAUUCACAUUAGCACAGCGGGUACGUAUUCAUGGUUCAGCACGUAUACGCAAGACUGCAUCUCGUCGCAGACCUGCCAGAAGAACCUAUGGCUCAUCGGGGCCAACAACGGCGACAACGUCCGCAUCGAGCAGCUCAUCACCAUCGGGGCCAAGCAUAUGUUUGCCACCCGUGACAAUGGCCCUAUUGUACUCGCCUCGGACAACUUUGCUGUCUCGAAGCAUCCUAAGUGGUCCCAUAUCUCCCUUUUCCAGGCGCCAUCCUUCGGUCACCUAGAACCGGAGCGCUUCGCCGAGAAGAACGACUGCCGCUUGUCCGACAACUCCUACAGUACUGAGAACGUGCCUGUGGGCACCAUUGCUUCCUUCUCUAACGACGGCUCCACCCUUAAGAACAAGGAGGGCGAGGACGUCUACAACUUCGUCACAAUCGUCAAUCUGACUCCGCACCGACUGGUGAAGCAGGGCGGACCUACCCCUUACCAGGUCGAGGCUGACUUUGCCGACGUUCCCCCUGGCCGAGCCCGGCAGUUCAGGGUCACUCUCGAAGGCACCAACAAGCGCUUCCACGUCCACAUUGCAACACAUAUGGAUGACAAGUACGAGCGCCGGGUCAUCUUCGACCUGGGCGAGAUGGGCAUGGGCUGGCGCGAGCUUGGCUUCCCCGGGAAUGGUCUGGGCGUUGCGCUCGUUAUCACGGGCAGCGAGCAGUACGGCUAUUACAACUCACUGCAGCUCAAUGGCGCCGGAUGGCAGCAGAGGAUCAAGAGUGUCAUACAGAACCGCCAGUUGCGCCAUGUUGUGGUACCUGGCUCGCACGAUGCCGGCAUGAACACCAUCUCGACGAGCGCCUCGGGCUGGACCGGGGGCGGUGUUAACUUUAAUACCGAGACCCAGAGUCUUGACCUGUACAACCAGCUGCGUGUCGGUGCCCGCUACUUUGAUAUGCGCAUCUACUCGAUCAAUGGCGAUGGCUUCUGGUCCGCCCACAUCAAUGACGACAAGGAGAAAUCGCCCGUGGGAGCCACGGGAGCUAGCCUGGACGACCUCAUUGCGGGCGUGAACCGCUUCACGACCGACUUCCCGGGCGAGGUCAUCGUGUGGUUCAUCAAGGGCAUGAGGAAUCUGCAGAUAGCAAACUACAACUUUGGCUGGAGCGCCGACACGCAGCGGCGCUUCCUCACGAAGCUCGAGGGCAUCAAUAACCGGUGUCCAGACCUGCCCCUGAAGGAUCUCGCGACGGGCGGCGUCUGGAUUGACACCAUCACCAUGGGCAGCUACAUGACCAGCAACAGCGGCCGGGGCUGCGUCCUGCUCGUCCUCGACGCCGGGGCUGUCGGCAGUGGACUGGAAAAGAAGCGCCCGUCGUCGGGUAUCUACUCGUCCGAGAACUUCCGCCGGGACGACACGUGGCCCAACAAGCCGACUACGGAGGCGAUCGCGGCCUUCCAGCUCAGCGCGCUCCAGAAUAAGCCGCGCAACGGCUCCGACUGGACGGCCGCCGACGGUACCAUCAAGGAUGACUACUUCAUUCUGCAGUGGCACACGACCAAGUUCCCUACCGAGCUGUCGUUGGCGAGGAGCAUACAGGGUUUCGCCAACCAGGAGACCAACCCGUCCCUGUACCACGUGGGCAUGAGCGGCAUCACCCCUCAGCACUUCCCCACGGUCAUUCAGGUCGACGCCCUGGGCCUUUUCCACACGUCCGACCUCAGUGAAGGGGGCUAUAACCCCAUGCUCCAGACACUGUGCAUCGGUCUGAACUUGUACAUGGUGAGCGAGAACUGCGCCCUCAGCAAGAAGCGCAACCCUCUUCCCAGCUUCGGCAGGAGUCCCCGUCGUGGCAACGGGAAGCGCGUCUUCACGGGCGUCAUCUUUGCCAAUGGUACCGUCCUGGACCAGCGACCUCCAGACUUUUGCAGCAUGUGUACGUUCAACGACACUGUCGCAAUCGACCGGCCUCCGAAACUGACCGCCGAGCAGGUGCUUCCCAUGCUGGUGCUCAUCAUCGCCAGCAUCUUGCGCACCACGCUCGGCAUCAUCAUGGUAGACAUGAUAAACAUUAAUUGGACCAUGUAG